UACGUACUUUAUUCGAUAAAAAUAUGACCAGUAUAGGGUGUAUACAUGCAUAUACAUGCAACAAUUGUAUGGAAUUUAGAAAUAGCGUCUGCAUUUCUAGUGAGAACGAGAGCAGUAGGAACGACGGCAAUUUCUCUAGGAAUGUGGACAGUCUCACUAGACAGUAAGCGUUUACAACAACGGUCUUCUAGUCUUCCAACAGAAACGACGUUACCAGCAGCUCGACGUCUUUCUCUCAGGAAAGAGUCGUUGAAGAGAAAGUGUGCACGAUUUCAACGACCUCUCACGUAUAAAGAGAAGCGACUUCUCUACGCCCAACUGGUCGUCGACGACAAGAACCGAAUCAUUUGGUGUCCGGUGAGAAAAGCGGGUACGACGACGUGGCGAAUCGUCAUGCUCAUUCUGAUGGGCAAGUUCUCGAGCGUGAGCGCCGCUUUGAAUCACGUCAUGCAUAAUGACUUCAAAUAUGUAACGCGCCUGAGUAAUAAGUACCACAGCAAUGCGGCUAUCGACUACAGGUUGAAGCACUACACAAAAUUUAUGGCCUACAGAGAGCCGCUUGGACGCGUCGUUUCCGACUACAGACAGAUUAGACUUCACGACACCGAGUUUCGUAAACGAAUAUGCAAAGAAACAUUUCGCUACAACCAAAUCUUUAAUCUCAAUGCACAACAUCAGAGCGAACGUAACCCGGAUGCUUGGACAAACGUCACCUUUCCCCAGUUUGUUAACUUUGUCACUCGUUUCUUUGGCGACAAGAGAAGGUACCUAGACCUCGACAUACACUGGAAACCAACGAAUCUAAUCUGUCAUCCGUGUCGUAUUGACUAUGAUUAUCUCGUGGACUUGGAGAGUCCUGGUGUUGUCGAGGAGUCUGCUUACGUUCUCAACGCUCUUGGAGCUCCCUCUUGGUUAAGCCUGCCACAAGAAAACCGAUCGGGAAACGAGACAAAGUACAGCUUUCUCUCUCAACUCUCGACCGCUCAAUUCGAGCGUCUUCGCGCUCAAUACGACGACGACUACGAUAUAUUUGGCUACCAACGUGUCAAUCAAACCUCUGGAUAACGUCGUAAUAACAAUUGCUCGUGGAGUUUACUAAAUAUUUGUCACAAGCCUACGUUGGUACUUA